AUGGUUCGAUGCGGGGACGAUUCAAAUGAACCAGAAAUCGACUUCCCGUUUGUAGUUAAUGAUCGCCAGGGUGGAGAAUGUGGUUACCCUGGUUUUAAUAUCACUUGCAAUAUUUUUGAUAGAAGUAAAACAGUUUUAGAACUAUCACGGUCGGAAGAGUUUCUUGUUCGAGAAAUCGAUUAUUUUGAUCAGGAGAUAAGGCUUUAUGACAAGGAUAAUUGCCUUGCGCGACGUCUUAGAUAUUUAAAUGGCGAUCUGUCACCUUUCAAGGCUUAUGGUAAUUGGGUUUAUGUGUUCUUCUAUUGUCCACCAUCAAUAACAAGUAAUCCAACUGUUGUUGCAUAUUCAAGAGAUAUUUUACAUGUUCCUUGCCUUAGUAACCCAACAGCCACUGUAAUGGUUUCGUUGUCUUCAGCUUAUUAUUACUCCUUCAAAAAUGUUACUGAUGCACUGUUUAACGGAGGAUGUCAGGUAGAUGCAUCUGUUUAUAUACCUAUUUCCCCAAAAGCUUCUUCUACCGGUUCUUUGUAUGAUUUUACUACUGAUGAUCUUUAUCUUACAUGGGUCGAACCCAUAAAACCGAGACCGAAAGAAGCAGAAACCAAGGAUCCAGAAGGAGAUGCAAAAAAAAUUGAUUGGAAAAAAUUAGCAACAAUAAUUGCGCCAAUUCUCGGUGGGAUUGUUGCAAUAGCAACGAUAGCUUGUGUUAUUUGCAGUUGUAAACAAAGAAGCUUAUCUUUGUAA